UGUCCCCCUCUUCCUGGUUGGGCUUCUCCUCCAAAAGAGGCUUCUUGGGAAACUCGUGCCUUUGGCUUUUCUGUCUUGGAGGAAAAGCAGGAGUUCUUGGAUUUAGAUGGAAGGAACUGGAGGGUUGAAGUUCUCCUGACAGAAAGCUCCAWGCAGAUGUUUACAUUGCUGCAGUAGAGUCUAGCAUUUUCCACCRUUUCAGGCUAYUAUCCAAACAUGAAAAUGGAGACUCRAGAAGAYCUUACAAGUCAUAUAACAGGGCAAGUGCCAAAGGAAKUGAGAGGAAGCUGCCAUGUUGCGACAACGGAGGCAUUCCUACAAAGGAGAYCAGCGGAGGUGAAACAGGAGCCCAACAAAGAYUYRCUUCAGCAGUGGGAAACCCAAUGGCAGGAGUUCCUGAAURGCCUAGAAGGUCCUCACCCAAACUGGGGRACCUCUGAGUCAAGGGAGGAGCCGUGGGACGACGCCAAAGCCUUCCUGGCCUCCUUUGAGCAAGUGGCCCAAGCUUGCCGGUGGCCCAAGGAAGAGUGGGUGCCCCGGCUCCUGCCAGCAUUGAGCGGAGAGGCCAAGCAGGCCUUCACUGGCUUGGAGGCCGAAGGCAGGGAGGAUUAUGGGAAAGUGAAGGCUGCCAUCUUGCACGGGGACGCCAUGUGGCGGGAGGAGCAGCGGCAGUGUUUCCGACGUUUCCACUACCAGGAGGCCGAGGGGCCAAGAGGGGCUUAUGGCCAGCUUCGGGAACUGUGUUGUCGGUGGCUGAAAGUUGAAAGGCAUUCGAAGGAGCAGAUCCUGGAGCUGCUGGUCUUGGAGCAGUUCUUGGCCAUCCUGCCUCCAGAGAUAGAGGCCUGGGUCAAGGAAUGUGGUCCAGAGACUUGCUCCCAGGCGGUGGCCUUGGCGGAGUACUUCCUCCAGAAGCAGCGAGAGGAAGAGGCCAAGAGGCAGGCAAACCAGGUGCCGUUAAAGGAAGAGGAGAGAGUGGGUUCCUCUGAAGUUGUCCAAGCCCUGCCUGAGAUGGAACAGAAGAAGCUUCGUGUGGAGACCAAAGAAGAAAAUGACGAUAGUGAUGCUGGAUCCUUGGGUGAUGAAUGGAAAAGUGAGAAUGAGGGACAAUUGGGUGAGGAUUCCUCAGAAAGGAAAGAGUGUGAAGCACUGAAGGAGAAUGUUUGGAGCCAAGUUGGGCCAGAGAGCCAAGAUGAAAGCCACACGGAAGAGCUGGAAGCCAAACCCUUCCCAUUUCUGGUGGGGGACCUUCACAGAAUCUCAGUCCAGCAGGAAAGCGAGAAAGAAAAACAUGGAAUUGCUUUCCCCAGUGUUCUUAGUAGAAUUCGCAUUGCGGAUGAAUCAGAUUCAAUGUUUACAAAGAGCUUCAGUCAGAGUGGAGACCUGACUGAAUGUGAAACGCUUUAUGAAGGGACGAGUUCUAACACAGACCUGAAUCAGAGUAUUUGUGCAGAUGAGAGACAGUCUAUGAAUUCAGAUCUUGGUAAGAUGAAACAUCCAAGGAUCCAAAAGGGUGAGAAGCUGUAUAAAUGUUUGGAGUGUGGGAAAUGCUUUGAUCAGAGUGCUAAUCUUAGGAAACACCAGAUAAUUCAUACUGCCGAGAAGCCGUAUCCGUGCUUGGAGUGUGGGAAAUGCUUUGGUAGGAGCGACAGUCUUAAGCAGCACCAGAGAAUCCACACUGAGCUGAAACCAUAUCAGUGCUUGGAGUGUGGGAAAUGCUUUGGUUGUAAGACCUACCUCUUAAGACACCAGAUAAUCCAUACCAGGGAGAAGUCGUAUCCGUGCUUGGCGUGUGGGAAAUGCUUUGGUCAGAGAGACCAUCUCAAGCAACACCAGGUAAUCCACACUGGGGAGAAGCCAUAUCAGUGCUUGGAGUGUGGGAAAUGCUUUGGCCGGAGUGACAGUCUCAAGAAACAUCAGAUAAUCCACACUGGGGAGAAGCCGUAUCAGUGCUUGGAGUGUGGGAAAUGCUUUGGUCAGAGUGCUAACCUCAAGAAACACCGGAGAAUCCACACCGGGGAGAAGCCAUAUCAGUGCUUGGAGUGUGGGAAGUGCUUUGGUCGGAGAGCCCAUCUCAAAUCACAUCAGAAAAUUCACACUGGGGAGAAGCCCUAUGAAUGUAUGGAGUGUGGAAAGAGUUUCAGCGACCGGUCUACCUUUGUCAGACAUAAGAGCAUCCACACCAGAGAGAAAGUCUUCAGCCAAAGUACCAGCCUGGCUUUACAUCAGAGAAUCCAUGGCAAGAGAAGAUGUCACACAAAAAUCAGUGUUUGUUGAAUAUCAGAAUGGCUGUGUAAGUCUUUUCACCAAAUGCAAUGAGCAGUCUAGUUGCAUCUUUAAAAGGAAUACGCUAUACCAGGCAUCCUCAAACUUUUUAUGCAGAGGGCCAGUUCACCGUCCCUCAGACUGUUGGAAGGCCGCACUAUAGGUUGAAAAAAUUGUGAACAAAUUCCUAUGCACACAGCACAGAACUUAUUUAUUGUCAUUAUACAUUGUAUGAGGGUUGAAUGAAAAAUAAUACCUCCACCUUCGUAAUUCCUCAACAGAUGGCAGUAUUGGUAUGCGGCAGGUACUGGUUUAAUCAGUAGACUCUCCUCUACAGUUCCAUUUUGGCGGGAAGCCUUAGCAUUGAACGGUUGUGUUGUUAAAGUGCAAAGUAUGGAACCCUGCACAGACCGUCCAUCAAUGUGACAGAUUGAUUCAGGACGAUCGUCACAUCACUCAGAGAGAAAUUUCAAGCAUAAUCAACAUUUCACAAGAAUGUGUGGGUGACAUUAUUGCUUUGCUUGGCUAUCGGAAGAUCUGUGCAUGAUGGGUUCCCAGGAUGCUGAUGCCUAAAAUGAAAGCGCACAGACUUCUUCCAUGACGGAUUCAGAUAACAUGUUCAUCAUUGGCAAAAAUGUAUCCAAUUGUCUGGUGAUUGUGUGGAAAAGUGAAUAGUGGUAGUUAAAGAGUGGUAGUCAACAUGGAUUUAUCAAAAACAAGUCAUGCCAGACUAAUCUGAUCUCUUUUUUCGAUAGAGUUACAAGCUGGGUAGAUGUGGGGAAUGCUGUGGAUGUAGCGUACCUGGAUUUCAGUAAGGCCUUCGACAAGGUCCCCCAUGACCUUCUGGCAAACAAACUAGUCCAAUGUGGGCUAGGCAAUGGAUCUGUAAUUGGUUAAAUGGACAAACCCAGAGGGUGCUCACCAAUGCUUCCUCUUCAUCCUGGAAAGAAGUGACGAGCGGAGUGCCGCAGGGUUCCAUCCUGGGCUCGGUCCUGUUCAACAUCUUUAUUAAUGACUUAGAUGAAGGGCUAGAAGGCAGGAUCAUCAAGUUUGCAGACGACACCAAAUUGGGAGGGAUAGCCAAUACUCCAGA